AUGCCAUUAUUAAACAAAUUUACAUUUAAUAUUCAUUCAUCCACUAGCUUUUAUAAUCAAAUUAAUUUACCAUCUAAUGAAUAUAUUCAAGAAACAUUCAAAAAUUUUAAAAAUAAACAAAUUAUUUCUUCUGUUGAUUAUUUUCAAGAAAAUAAAGAUAGUCAAUGUCAUAUUUAUUCACAUCCAUAUAAAUUGAAAUAUUAUGAUAAUAUAACAAAUAAUUUUCCAGGUGGAAUGUUUAAAUCGGUUCGUAGAGUAUCAUUAUUUGAUGAACGUCCUUUUGAACAUGAAUUUUUUCUUCGAAUUGCUCAAUCAUUUCCAUUUAUGGAAAAAUUAACUUUAAUAAAUAAUAAGCGACAAAACAAUAAACUAUUUGGAAAAUCAAAAAAUAAAAAUCAAGAUUUGUCAAUCAUUGAAUAUCCUUAUCUUAUUGAACUUAAUCUUUCUGAAGCUCAGAAAGAUUAUUACGAACAAUUUUUAUUUGACACCAAAACAUGCUUACCAAAUAAUCUUCGUGUUACUAUGGAUUACCGAUUAGUAAAAAAAGUGACACGAAACUUUAGAAGAACUACAACACGAAGUAAUUGUGCGAAGAUGGUUGUCGUAUUUUUUCUGAAGAAAUCAAGAUUUCCCGAACAUCUCAAGGACUUUUUUCCUCGUGCGCUAAUAUACUGAUGAUUAUUAUUAUAAUAAAAUAUGAGCAAAAACAGAUUAAUUUACAUUGAAUUUUAAUAUUAGAAAGAGUGUAAAAAAAUAAAAAUUAUAAAGAAUAAUAGUUGAUAAUAGUUACGAGAUAACAUACAUUGUCACAAAUGAAUAUAUUUACUUAUCUACUGAUGUAUAUAUUUUUGAGAAAAAUCGAAAUUGAAAAGUAACAGAUAUUGAAAGAAAAAUAAAUUAUUAUUUCACGUUAUCAUUGAAAAAUUUACGUAAGACAAAAAAUAAUUGAAAAUGACUGGAUAUAAACUAAGAAUAAAAAAGAUUUGUAAAUCAAUAUAUUUUUCAUAUAUUUCCAUUCCUCAAGUAAUAUAGACAAAUGAACAUUCAUUAUAUAUCAAAGUUAGUGCAAUAUACUUACAAAUUAUUAACUAGUAGACAAUCUUCCAAUCGAACGCCUUUGAGAAAUAGAUUGUGCGAUAAACAAUUUAGAAAUUGAUUGAGGUUCAAAGUUUUCAAAAUAAUCAAUAAAUAAUACAUUUCUAUAUAUAAGUAAAAAACGUCUUCUGUUUGAUCUUUUUAAAUCUAUUUUAUUGAAAUUAUUCAUUUGAAGUGAAUAAACAAUAGAAAUGGGCAGUUCCAAUCCCAACUGGAAUUUAAUUCCCGAGUUGAUACUUUUUUUUAUUACAGUUGAAGUGAAAUCUUCAAAUUUAUGGAUGAAGUUGCAGUAGAUAUGAAAUGAAGUUGACGUUUAUGUUAUUUUUUUUCAAUACCGAUUUAAUUUCUGUUAAUUUCAUGAUUUGCUGAAAUAGAAUGAAGAAAAAAUCGACAAUAAAAACAGACAUGUAGGUGCGGAAUUCAUGAUGGAGUUAAAAGAUCUACGAAUGGAUGAUCCUGAAUAAUUUAUUCUUGAGAUCCUACCAAAGUCAAUUGUCAAAAGAUAUGUUAUCUAAAUAAACAUUUAUUGAAUAUAAUUAUCAUUUGUCGAACUAAUAUUAUAAGUUGAUGAAACAAUUAUACAAUAGAAUUAUAAUUUCUCAUUGAUAUUAUUUGUAGAUUUAUAUUAACAGACUUUUGUCUUUUUAAAUUUAUAUUCAAACGAGUUCGACUUGAUAGAAUCGGAUUUUGAGUUGGAGUGAUACAUACUCGUGAUCGCGAAGUUGCUCCUCUCUGGUAAACAAAUUUCCACAGAGAGCAAAUCGUUUUCUCUCGAAAUAUAAUGAAAUCAAUCAUCACUAACAUAUGACAAUUUUCCCGAAUUAUACCGCUAAUGUUUCUUUACUCAUUCAAAAUGGUGAGCAUAUAUGAAUCGAUCAUUAACAGUAGGUUCCAGGUUAGUUAGUCUCAAGUUGAUCAAUGUUUGCAAGUACGUCACAUUUAUAUUUAUAGGUGAAACUCGUCGUGCUCAUCUCGCAUAUUUUUAUUAUAAUUUGCAUCAAGCACUAACACAUUAAAGUACAUUAUUUAUUUAAAUAUAAUCCUAUAUAUAGCUCAUUAGAUGAUUAGAAAUUUUAAUUGCAAAUUAAUUCAAUAACUCGUGUAUAUUUAUUUACGAUAAAUAAGUUUUUCGGAAAAAUCUAAGUUAUUAAGAUAACAACAAAUGAUUGAAAUAAUCGAUAUGGUAUAAUUUGAUCAAUAUUAAAAACAUUUAAUUAUAUAUAUAGAUUAAGAUAAUGUUUCUUUCACUAGUAUAUUAAAAAUCAAGUUUUAGAAUGUGUGAUGAGAACUAUUAACAAAAAGGAAAGUUUUACAAUUGAUGAAAAUAAAUUUGUACUUAAUCAUUUCCAUAAUUAGUUGAUUAAUUUAUGAUCUUUAAAUUUUGAUACAACAUUUUUUAUUUAUUAUCAAUAAAUAUCUUUUAAUGAACUAUUUUCAAUCAUUUCGUCUUCAAUGCGACAAUUACAUGGUGAAAUAGUGUUUGUUUUACGAUGAAAUAAUCAUACAAUUGUACAUCGAAUAUCUAAUUUAGAACAACUUGUUUUGUGGAACUCACAUAUUUGACAAAGGAAAACAGAGAGUGUAAGUUUUAAGGCGACGUUUUUCGGCUUCCACUACGCCCCCAUUACAGACACUUAGCAACCGAGGUCAAAGAUCAAUGGGUACACUUCCAUAGCAACCACGGGAGGGGGUGUCAACAAGCCUUAUGAUUUAGUUUUUCAUAGCAAUGAGGGGAUGUUUAUAUGGAAGUCUUUACAGAAAUUGGGGUCAAAGGAACAUUGUUCCAGUACUCGGGUCAAAGAUCAACGAAUACAGCUCCUAACUCCGGGAGGGGAGCUUUAGUAUAUGGAUUUCCCUAGCAAUAUGGGGAGUAGAUACUAACGGAAUGUCACCAUAAGAAUUGGAAUUUGUACAUCGCUCUUAAAACUGUUCUGAGAGAUAUAUCAACAUGCAUAUUGGCAGUAAUAAGGACGUUCUGCAUACUUUUUUUGUCUGGUACAUCUGGCAUUGAAAACAGUGCUGUAUUACUUCAAUCUCUUUCUCCAUGAAGAUGUGUUUUAUAAUACAUAGAGUUUGUGAGUUCCACAUUUUGAUCUCAUAUGAAGCCGUACUGACAAGUUUUUUUUACAUUUUCACGUUUCUCAACAAACAAUGUUUAUUAAUGAAAAUAUUUUGAAGGAAAAUAUUAUCAAUCAUAUCUCGUUAUUUAUCCAAAGUAAAUAAAGUCAAGUUAUACUUGAUAAAAUUCAUUGAAAUUAACAACCAUAUGAAUUUAUUGUAUUUUCGACUUUCAAACGACACUAAAACAAUAAGAACAAAUAUUAACAUGUUCAGUGAGAAAAGCACAAGGCAAAAAAUAUAUAACAAGUAUCAUGAAGAGAUUUAUUUGAAAAAAAAACCUAUCAUAGGUAAACUUUCUUGUCUGUGUAAAUGCACAAUUACAUAGAAAUAUCCAUGAAAUAAUAAACAAAUAAUAUCAGAUACCAUAUUAAAAAAUAAAAAUAGAUUAGAUUUAGAGUAAAUUAGUUUCAAAAUAAUUAUCUUUUAUAAGAAAAUUCAAUCUGAAAAGACAAUAAUAGUAUGAGAAGAUGAGUGUAAAUAGUAUAGUAAUCAAUGGCAGUAUCGAAAAAAAAAUAAAACAAUGCCAAAUUGUAUGAGCAAAUGAGAUGAUACCAUCACAUUUAAAGAAAAUAAUAUCCACGAUAAAAACCAGAUCACCAAUAGCCAAUUCAAAUAUACCAGUAUGUUCGGACUAAAAUUCAUGAAUGAAUGAAGAAAAUAGUCAUUUCUAUAUGUUAUCAAUGGUAUAGACUGAUCAUAUCAACGAUAACAAUUGCAUGUAUAACACUCACAAUAACAUAAAAACAUGUUUUCAGCCAUUUAUAUCUUUCACGGUAUACAAUCUCAUAAGUAAUAUCUAAUAUAGCUAUUAUCCAAACCAAUUCUACAGUCAAUUCUGUUGAAAUUGUUUGAGUACGACGAACAAGAAGUCUAAAAGAAUUUGAAUUUGAAUUAAAAUCUAUAGAUAUCUAGCAGCAAUUUUUAACCAUGGUGUAUAACUAGCACUGAUGAAAAUGUAAAUAAUUGCUCGAUCAACUCGAUGUAAAAAAUGUUUUAUAGUUGAUUCUCUGUUAAUGAAAAAAAAAUCUCCAUUAAUUACAUUCGAAAAAAAAAGCAAUUCAUUUAUACCUAUAUGUUGGUUGAAAACAUGAACAAUGAAAAAAAAGGCGAAAGUGAAAAGAGAAAAAUGCGAACAUUAUCAUAGAUAAUACUACUCCAAUAUGGUGCCGGUGUUUUUGCAUGAUAUAUGGUAUAGAAUGCCUACAACUUUUAGAAUACACUAUUAUUUGUUUCCGAAGAAGCUGUUUUAAUAAUGAUUGUGUAACUCCUGCUGAAUGAAUAAUUUAUUUAAUUUUCUUUCUUCAUUCAAUCUGUUAACAAAAUAUCAAUUUGCCAGAAAAAAAAAUAAUUAAAGAAGAUAAGACAAGCAUAAAGAAUAAUAAUAAUAAUAAAGAAAGUCUGAUGUUUCAAGAGAUAUUUUAUAAGUAUGACACAAUAAGACAGAAAAGAAGUACGUGAAUAAGAAAAUAAAGAC